AUGGCCUCCCUGCCUGAUGGGGAGAAAGUGGCCCUAGUUGGUCACAGUUAUGGUGGCUUUAGCAUUUCUUUGGCCAUGGAGCGCUUCCCCGAGAAGAUCUCCGUCGCAGUUUUUCUCACUGCCUUCAUGCCCUAUUACACCUGGCCACCAGCUAUGAUUUUAGGAGCAGCGUUCAAGUCAAACCCUUUCAUGGAUUUGGUACUUGUAAAUGAUUCAAAUCAUAAGCCAGUAUCAGUACACUAUGGUCCACAAUUCCUUGCAACUAAGCUUUAUAAUGACUCCCCAACGAAGGACCUUGAACUAGGUAAAAUGUUGGUGAGGCCAACUAGGUUUUACGUGGAUGACUUGGUCAAGAAUUUGCUGACAGAAAAAAAUUUCGGGUCGGUCACUCGGGUUUUUAUAAUAAGUGGAGAUGAUCAAAUGUUGCCAGUGCAUUUCCAGAAAUAUAUGAUAAAGUAUAGCCCUCCUAAAGAAGUGAAGCAUAUAGCUGGAUCUGAUCAUAUGGUCAUGAUUUCAAAACCCUUCGAGCUUUACAUCAGUUUGCAACAGAUUGCUGAUAAAUAUAAUUGA